AUGUCCAAAUCAUUUGUUCGUACUAUCAAGAAUGUGGCCAAUGGUUACACCUCGGCGCAGGUUAUGGUUCGUAAUGCAACCUCAAACGAACCUCAUGGCCCAACGAUUGCUCAGAUGGCAGACGUAGCUAACCACACCUAUGAAAGUGCCGAGUUUCUUCCCAUAAUGGAUAUUAUAGACAAAAGAAUGAACGACAAGGGAAAGAAUUGGCGUCAUGUUGCCAAAUCAUUGACUUUGUUAGACUACUUAGUUAGAUACGGGUCCAACAACGUGGUGAUAUGGAGUAAAGACAAUUUGUAUGUGAUCAAAACAUUAAGAGAGUUUCAGCAUGUCGACGACAGUGGCACAGAUCAGGGUGUUUUAAUUAGAGUUAAGGCUAAAGAGUUGACUGCGUUGUUGCAAGAUGAGGAGAGACUUCGUCAGGAAAGAGAAAUUGCUCGUGAAAAACGUGGCAGAAGAAGUGGACGUCGUCGUGGCGAUGAUGAUGAUUUUGAUCAAUCUUCUCGAGCUGAAUCUCGUAAUCCUGACUCACCGUAUGAUGAAGAACUACAACGUGCUCUAGAUGCUAGUAAGGAGACCGCAGAAGAAGAAGAAAGACGUAGACGUCUACAGUCAAACUCUGAUGAAAGUCUUCAAAAAGCUCUUCAAUUAAGUAAAGAAGAGGAAGAAAUGCGUCAGAAGAACAAUAAUUUGAUUGAUUUGGGACAACCUGCCCCAGUAUCUGGCCCAGUAAUUAUUGGCUAUGAUGUAUUUGGGAACCCUAUUUACCAAAGUCAAACUAUGGCUACAGGUGUUGAUGUUUUGCAACAGCAGCAACAGCAACAGCAGCAGCUAGCAUACCAACAAGCCCUAUUGGAGCAGCAACAACAGGCUGCUCAGCAACAGGCUUAUUUGGAACAACAAGCUUAUCAGCAGGCGUUAGCAGAGCAGCAAGCUGCUCAACAAGCCUACUUGUUCCAGCAACAGCAACAACAAUUGCAACAACAACAGCAGCAACAACAGCAGUUACCUUUACAGACAGGAUCCAACAAUCCAUUUUCCUUUGGUGGGCCUUCCCAGGAAGAUUAUUCUAACAAUGUUGCUGCUCAGCAAACUUUCCAACCGCAGCAGCAACAGUUUGAGCAACAGCCCCAGCAGCCGCAACAGCCCCAGCGUGUUCAGACCCAAAGAACUGGAUCUCAAGCUCAUAACGAUAAAUACUCUGAACUCAAUAAUUUGCUAGCUCAAGGAACUGGCAUAGACACUUUUGGAAACACGGGAGAUACCCGCGUGCCUGCUCAGCACACCAAAACUGGUACAUUUAUUAAUUCUCAGGGAACGGGGUAUAAACAAGAAAACUUUUCAUCAGCAAAUCCUUUUGUGGGAACUCAGUAUACUGGAAUCAGCUCUACGAACAUUAUCCCUGCUUACACUGGAUAUGGAUUUGGAAACCAGAACCAGAGUCAAUCCCAGAGUCAAAGUCAAAGCGGAAGCCGUAAUAGCCGUGCGAACAGUACCAGUCUAAUCGAUAUAUAA